UCUCUAUAUAUAGUUGCAUCCAAUUCAUGGAGCAAUGCUUAACUUACAAGUUAAUCUUGAACGUUGAGUGCCACAGGCCCAGGAAUAAGAUUGAAAGGUCCGAUUUCCUGGUACAGGAACAGGAAGAUCAAGGUGGUAACCAGACUAUAAGAAUGCAACCUCAACAAGGUAGAUUUUUUGGAAGAGAGGAAAUGAGCAAUGGAGUAGAAUACGAUGCUGCAUAUGCAGCCACAGUGGCUGCGGUAGCGUAUGCUAUUGCAGCAAAAGAGGAGGAGAAACAGGCAACAGAAGAGACCCGUGUGAAAAAGAAGUUAACAUCUGAAAAGAAGCCUGUCGCGAACGAUGAGCCUUCGACCACACCAACUCUCAAACUACCACCCAACAGACAAGGAAUCUUGAAAAGGCCUAGGCAAACCGAGGGGAGCAGAAUCACAAGGCGGUUUAGUGGUAAGGAGAUUGUACCCGAUGAAGAAGACGACGGACUAGAAGCUAAUGUAUCGGUGAGGAGGCCGGUGAGAACGGCACAAAAGAUACCAGAAGGUGGAAUUUCAGGUCAAAAUAUGGUAGGGAAGGUUCUUGAUUCUGUCCCAAGCAUAAGAAAGGCUCCGAGCUUCGCCAAGCCUUUACCAGAAAAGAAGGGGAGCAUGAAAUUUGAGCAAGAGCAGGCAAUCCCAACGGUGCCACCGAAUGUUAGGCCGACAGCUUUAUUUCCCCGAGAGAAGAAAGAGAGCAAGAAAUUUGAUCAAGACCAGGCAAUCCCAAGGGUGCCACCAGAUGUUAGGCCAACAGCUUCAUUUUCCCGAGAGAAGAAAGAGAGCAAGAAGUUUGAGCAAGACAAGGCAAAUCAAAUGCCAUCUUUGGCUUCCGCGCCGACGAGUUCAUAUUCUAGUGAGGCUGAAGCAAUGGCAGAUACGUGGGAGAAGGAAAAGAUGGCAAAAAUCAAGAAGCAGUACAACAUGACAAUGGAUACCAUCGUCGAAUGGGAGGCCGAGAAGAAGGCCAAGGCCAAACGCCAGAUGGAGUUGAAAGAGGGCGAUAAUUCAGAGCGGAAGCGAGAGAAGGCGCUGGAGGAGUACAACGACGAGAUUACAAGGAUCAACAAGGUGGCCGCAGCAUCAAGGCUGACGGCGGAGGAGAAGCGGAGGAGCGCAGAGAGGAAGGUGAGGGAGAAGGCAGAGAGGAUUCGGGUGACGGGAAAGCUUCCCGGCGCAUGUGGCUGCUUCUGAAAACCAUCAAUGUGUCAAUGUGUAGUGGAUGUGGCUGUUUCAAAUGAAAUUUAUGUGAAAUUGAACCAAGCAGACGCUGAAUUCCUUUAAUUCAA